AUGACCGCUCAAAAGUGUGUGGUGGAAGGCUGUAAUUUAGAGUAUGAUGUGAUUUGCAGCUUUUCUUUUUACAAUGUGAACACAUCAGCAGAGGGUGAUGUGCAAAGGCAGGAAUGGAUUGAAGGGGCGAUGCAAGAGGAGAGCGAGUGUCUUUGGCGACAUGUCAGCUUGCAACUUUGCGGGUACCAUUUCGAACUGGACGCACAAGGCCUCUGGAUUGACUCGCCAAUGCUGCCUGAACUCCUCACCCCUCAAGAGCAGACAGCAACAUUGGUCCAGUCAGAAAACGAUAAAAAAGGCGCGGCGGCGGCGCCGGGCGGCUUCCUCGCCAUUUACGAACGGUUCCUAAAAGGCCCGCCUAAAGUUGCUGACAUCAUUCGAAUGGAGCACAACUACAGCAUUGAACCGACGAAGAAGGAGGUCGAGAGUGUAUCCAGACUGAAUGUACGACAACUGGUCGAUACCUUAGGCUACUUGUCGCUGAAGAAUUUGCAGAAGAAGCAGCUGUGGGUGGUCAAGGUGGAAACCGACAAGGCUGAAGCCUCCAUCACACAGUCCGAGCAAGUCAUAGCCAAGAUGCCUGAUCCAAAGCAAAUAAUUGAGAUCAUACCACAGACAUCCACAUCAGAAAGCCUCGAAAACCAGAGCGAAGUUCUCCACAUAAUGGACGAUGGCAAUAUAUCAGACAAUUUUAUUUACGAGAUAGCGGAGGAACAGGAGAUAACUAUGGAAGAGGUCAAAGAAAUACCGGUUACUGACAAUCGAGAGUGGACGGUAAACAUAAUACCCGAGGAGACCAAGCCGAAAUACGCUUAUAUUAAACAUUGUAAUACGGGGAAGAAAAAACGACAUUUUACAACAGAGAUGAACGAGAUAACACUGCAAGGAGACUUUGAGAACUAUUAUAUUUUACCCGAUGUCGACCCGUCUGUCGGGGUUGAAAUUACAACCAGUUACGAGCCAGAAAAUUAUAUAGUCGAGGAGUAUGAGCAUUUAGUAUUAGAGGAGAGACCUAGGAAGAGGUCCAGGGAUGGAAACGACGUGGUGAGGAAAAAGCGAAAGAAGAUUACACCAUCGGUGAGGGAGCAGGUCAAGCAGAUACAGUUAAAAACGGAAAUGGGUGAAGAUUGGGUCAUUGACAACAGUGUGUAUGACCAGGAUACAUCUGAUGACUACGAUGAUAAAAAAGGAUCCAGGGAAUGCAGUCGAUGA